GAUAUCUCCAACGGAGGAUUUGUAAAAACAUCAGCAGCAGUCUCAACAAAGUACUAUUAUGACAAGACUAAAACAGUGCUCGCGGCUAAAGUGCACUUAAAUACUGUUGUUAAAGCCCUCCCAGCUCUUUCUUAUAACGAAAUUAAGAAUAUCCGAAUCCCAAUCAUUCAAAUAAUGGGAUUUAUACACUAUCUCUCUCAUUGA